GCAGAGUCACGUGAUUAGAGGCGUGCUUAGACCGCCAUUGCUCUGUGGGAGCUAUUGUGUGCGAGGGGGGAUAAAAGAAACCACCGCGGAAACUUCCGGGAAAGGCGCCUUCCACUUGAAAUGAACAGCAACACCUAUUCCAAUGGAAUCUUUUCAACCCAGUGUAUUCUUCCCAUGCAAUCUGCUGUUUAGUAUCGAUUGUUUCUACAGCUUGGAGUAGAAUCAUUAUGGUGAAAUACUGUGCUGCAUAUAACUGCAACAAUUCAGACACAAAGUUAAAUAGGAAGCAAGGAAUAACUUUUCACAGGUUUCCCAAGGAUAACACGAGAAAGCAAGAAUGGGCCACAGCAGUUCAUCGAGCUGACCCUGUCAGUGGCAGUCUUUGGAUGCCAUCUGAAUGGGACAUGAUUUGUUCCCAGCAUUUUAACCCAGAGUGCUUCAGAGAAAUUAAUGGCAAGAAGUUUCUCAAAGAAGGAAGUUGUCCUUCCAUAUUUUCCUUUCCUGACGCUUUUAAGAAAAUACACACUCCAAAGAAAGCCAGAAAGAACUCCAAAUGGCUUGGAGCAUUUGACCUUACUCUUGUCCAGGCAAAUGUUAGCAAAAAUGAAAACUGCAGUCAGCAGAUCACACAAAAAGCAACAGCUAAUGGCUCAGAGAAGUCACUCGAAAGCAAAGAGCACAAAGUGGAUCUGUAUAGCCCCGCUGAGGAGUAUAAUACAAAGUACACCCUCACAAUGGUGGGAGCCAAUUAGCAUGCAAGGAGAUUCAUACUGACUGCUGAUUAGCUGUAGUGACUCCUAACCUUGCUGGAUUCCCUGGCUCGCCUAAGACAAGCCGAAAGGGCGUCACUUUUAAGUGCAAGCAUACACUCCGUGGUCAGGAAUUGCGGUGGCUUGGACUUCCGGGAAGGGUGACUUAGCCUGUGCCUGCUUUUGAGACGGGCUCCUGCCUCAAAAGAAGCUUAUUCAGAUAUAUCAGUCAGUUUUUUCUUUUUUUUUGACUGAUUAAACUUCUCCCGGGUAGGGAGAAACGAAGAGAUUAACCUCAAAGCCUAUUUUUGUUGGGACGACCAGAUCUCAUUAAUUUAUGGGACGAGGUCCAGCCGACGAAGGUGGGACGGAUUUUCAACAGCAAGCUCUAUCUGUUAAAGCGAACGUUCAUCUUAUCUUCUAAGAGAGAACGCAC